AUGAAGCACUACGGCCCAGGCCAUCUUCGCCGCAUCAACUCGGCGCCCGUCGGCGGCUUCGGCCUCUACGCCAACACCGGCUUCGCCGUUGAUCUCGUCCUCUUCCCCACCUACUUCGCGGCCAUUGUCGUCCCUGGCCCGCUGCGCGACCUCCCGCCCCGCCCCGCCACGGCUGCCCUCUUCUCGCACGUCGGCAGCGACCUGCCCGAGGAGCUUUGCUGA